AUGGAGGAAACAUUCGUUCCACUGCGUGGAAUUAAAAAUGAUCUUAAAGGAAGACUUUUAUGCUACAAACAGGACUGGAGUGGUGGAUUACGGGCCGGUAUCAGGAUUUUGGCUCCAACAACAUACAUAUUCUUUGCAUCAGCAAUUCCCGUUAUAUCUUUCGGGGAGCAGCUGGAAAGAAACACCAAUGGGACUUUAACAGCCGUCCAAACACUUGCAUCAACCGCACUAUGUGGUGUUAUCCACUCUAUCAUAGGCGGGCAGCCAUUACUCAUACUCGGUGUGGCAGAGCCCACUGUCUUGAUGUACACUUUCAUGUUCAAUUUCGCUAAAGAAAGGAAAGAUUUGGGCCAGAAACUCUUCUUAGCUUGGACAGGAUGGGUGUGUGUUUGGACAGCCCUUUUGCUUUUCUUGCUGGCUGUGUUGGGCGCGUGUUCGAUUAUUAAUCGGUUCACUCGUCUUGCUGGUGAAUUAUUCGGGCUUCUAAUUGCAAUGCUUUUUAUGCAGCAGGCCAUUCGUGGGGUUGUGGAGGAGUUUGUAACUCCUAAGAGAGGAAAUGCAAAAGAUGCGGCAUUUUCGCCUUCUUGGCGCUUUGGAAAUGGGAUGUUUGCAUUAGUACUAUCCUUUGGACUUUUACUUACUGCAUUAAGGAGUCGAAAAGCUAGGUCUUGGCGUUAUGGAGCAGGAUGGCUUCGAGGAUUUGUAGCGGAUUAUGGUGUGCCUCUAAUGGUGCUCGUGUGGACUGCGAUUUCAUAUAUACCGGUUAAUGAUGUCCCGCGUGGAAUUCCGAGACGGCUGUUUAGCCCAAACCCAUGGUCUGCUGGUGCAUAUUCGAAUUGGACAGUCAUUAAGGAUAUGGUGAAUGUGCCCCCACUUUAUAUCGUUGGGGCAUUUAUUCCGGCCACGAUGAUUGCUGUGCUUUACUAUUUCGAUCAUAGUGUUGCAUCUCAACUGGCCCAGCAACAGGAGUUCAAUCUAAAAAAACCCGCGUCUUAUCAUUAUGAUCUUCUUCUCUUAGGCUUUCUGGUCAUAAUAUGUGGUCUUAUCGGCAUACCUCCUUCCAAUGGAGUUAUUCCUCAAUCACCGAUGCACACAAAAAGUUUGGCAACUUUAAAGCAUCAGCUUUUGAGGAAUAAGCUUGUAUCAACUGCUCGAGCUAGCAUCCGGAAAAAUGCCAGUUUAUCUCAGUUGUAUAGAAGCAUGCAAAACGCAUAUUCUGAAAUGCAGACUCCUCUCGUUUAUCAAGCUCCAUCUUCUCUGAGGCUAAAGGAGCUGAAAGACUCAACAAUCCAACGAGCCGCCAGUUGCGGCUACAUGGAUGCGCCAGUUGACGAGGCCAUUUUUGACGUGGAAAAAGACGUUGAUGACCUUUUACCGGUCGAAGUUAAAGAACAAAGGCUCAGUAAUUUGCUUCAGGCCAUUAUGGUUGGGAGUUGUGUUGGGGCUAUGCCUCUCUUGAAAAAAAUUCCAACUUCAGUACUGUGGGGCUAUUUCGCUUUCAUGGCAAUCGAAAGCUUGCCUGGAAAUCAGUUUUGGGAGCGGAUUUUACUGCUUUUUACGGCUCCCAGUCGAAGAUACAUGGUUCUAGAAGAGUACCAUGCAACAUUCGUGGAGACGGUUCCUUUCAAAACGAUUGCCUUCUUCACGUUGUUUCAGACAUUUUACUUGCUUUUGUGCUUCGGUAUAACAUGGAUUCCAAUAGCCGGUGUUCUUUUCCCUUUGCUGAUUAUGCUGCUUGUACCCGUUCGACAAUAUCUACUUCCCAAGUUCUUCAAAGGAGCUCAUUUGCAAGAUUUAGAUGCUGCCGAGUAUGAAGAGGCCCCUGCAAUAAGUUACAACUUAUCGUAUGAAGAUCAAGUUAACCAGCCACAAGUGACGAACAUUGAUAGUGGCGAACUAUUAGACGAGAUUAGGAGUCGCGGUGAAAUACGACACGCGCGCAGCCCGAAAGUGACGAGCUCCAACCAAUCCCCACUCGACGAAAUGAAGCCCGUUUUCAGCCCAAGAAUAUCUCGCGUGGCCCGAAGCCCCCGUUUGGAUGAGAUAAGAAAGGAGCUAAGCCCAAGGUCGAGCAGCAAAGGGCCAGAAAUAAAGCAAACUCCGAGUCCUCGUUUAUCGAUUCUCGGCGAAACGAGCCGUGGCUCGUCUACAUAA